AUGGUACAGUUAUUACUAGUUCUGCUAUAUUGCAUAGUGUUAAGAUGCGAAACGAAGGAGCUACAUCUAACGACAUCUGAUGAGGGAUAUAUGACUGUUAUACAAGGUUUUGCUGCACGUCUUGAAUGCAUGCUUAAUACUUGUGUUCGACAUGCUUCUACUGUAAUUUGGUUGAAAGAUGAUGUGCCAAUAUUUAAUUCAACAAAAUUUUUGGAUAAUUCCGGUGUGGACGCCAAUUCUGUUUUGCUACAACAUAAUAUUGAAACUGAUAAGGAUAAAGAAUGUACGGGUAGUUGUUCAGAUACCGACGCUUGCUCUGACGGGUCACAUUGUAUGGACAAUAAAUGUUGUCAGUGUGCAUCGGAAGAUUUUACUCUUGUUUUGAAAAAUCUUACAUUUGAAGAUGCAGGUCGUUAUCGAUGUCAAAUAUCGAAUCAGCCUCAGCAGCUAGAAUUUCAACUGGAAGUUCUCGAGAGUGGAUUAAAAGGCGGGUUUCAUGAAAAUAUCAGUUACGAUUACAGUAAAUGCUGUGCAGAAAAAGGAAUUUCACCGUUAUGUCAGGCAAUGUGUAAGCCAAGAGACAUGCACAUUCAUCAUUUCGACCCAACAAGUUGCAAAACGGACGAUUAUAAAAAUUUCUUAUCAUGUGCUACAGAAGGUGGUAACAGAAGUCAUGUACAGUGCUGUAAAACACAGCUGGUGCCUUCGUUUUGCUACGAUUUUUGUUCCGGAAAUUUCCAAAUGUUACGCAAAUCUCAUCGAUUAUGCUUAUAUUAUCUCCCGGAAAUAUUUGAAUGUUAUAAUCGCGCGUACUUGCCGUUUCCUGAGCAUCCACAGGAUUUAACUGUUAAUGCGAUUCGAUCAGAUGAGUUGCGUGUGUGCUGGCGUCCACCACAACCUCAAACAUCGAACAAACAUCUUGGAAUUGAUCAUUAUACUGUGUAUUAUAAGCAAAUACCAUCAUUUCCAUUCUUGGGAGGAGAUGAUGGAAUACCUCUUUUAUCGGGUGAUUACGAAGAAAGCAUCCCAGGUGGAAUGGCUGAGGAUGAUAUCGCUGGCGAUAUUACACCAUCUGACGUUGGAUCCUUGAAACGUGGGAAACGACAGACAUGGCUUUUUGUGACACAUGAUUCAUCUACAAACGAUUCAACCGUUCGCGAAUUCAAGUUUGAUGAAGUAAAUACGACGGACACGUGUGUUACAUUAAAAGAUUUACGCUCAGCAACACGUUACAUAGUCUAUGUAACAGCAUCGAAUGAAUAUGGCAUGUCAGUACCGUCAUCACGAGCUUUGGCUGCGACAAAUGCGAUUGUCACACCAAUCAAUUCAACACUACCGCAGAUCGAGCAGUGUUGCUCAUCGAACGGAGUAUCACCGUACUGUGCUUCAAAAAUGUGCGAUGUACGAACUAUUCCAAACGCCCUUGAAACGAUUGCCAUAUCAACAUCUUGUCGAACUGAAUGGUCUAAAGUGAGUCCGUGUCUUGCCGAUGGACGUAAUCACACGGAUUGUUGUAUUAAAAAGGGUGUACAGCAUGACUGUUUAAAAAUAUGUGGUGGGGUUGCUGAACCUUUGACAAUGCAUUCAUUAUUGUGUCUCAAUUUGGAUAUUGCUGCAAUUUAUCAGUGUUUACGACAAGGCUACGAUACCCGACCUUCCCCACCUCAGAAUGUAACUGUAACAACUGUAACAGAAAAUUCUGCUGAAGUUGAAUGGACUGAACCAGCUGUAAAUGCUCAUCUUGUUGUUUCGUAUUCACUCUUUUUGAGAAAGGAUGAUCGCAGCCCAAAUGUCAUAGAGGUACAUAAUGUAACUUCACCGCAUACUGAGUAUGGCCUUACACCAGAUACUGAAUACACAGUCUAUUUACAAAGUCAUGGAACUACUGGUGAUAGUUUGAUGUCAACAGCUCAGGUUUUCUUCACACAUCCUUUGGUAUCAUCCUUCUGUCCACAUGGGGAACCGUUAUAUGAUCCAAAUGGACACAGAUAUUAUUGUGGUGCUGGCAUACGAGACUGUCCACCUAAUUAUGACUGUGUGGUAGCUGGGACUUCCGAAACUGACACAUUCUGCUGCUCGAAACCCCUAAAAAUCAAUCUUGCAAAAGAUUGCUGUCAACAACGGGGUGUUCCAGCAAAUUGUUUAUCUAUGUGUUCUAACAGUACCCCACUGACAUUGGAGUGUUCGGAAUAUGGUGAUAUAUGGGUUCAGUGUACUUCUGAAGGACAUGAUCAUACUAGAUGUUGUGCAGAAUCAGGUAUACCCGAUGAAUGCAUUUCGGCAUGCAGACAUCCAUUCACUUUUGAGAGAAGUUGUAUAGAAUAUACUCCAGUGCUGGCUAAAUGCUUUUCAUGGCUCACAACAAAUCUUCCUAGUGCAGUUGCAAAUUUAGAAGUGACCUCUAGGAAUUCGUCUUCAGUUAUAUUUUCAUGGGAUAUACCAUUGCAAAGGCCUGCAGAUGUUUAUCAAGUAACACUCGAGAAGAGCACCAGUGUAUUCAGGCAGAUUAAUGUUACAACUAAUUCUGCUCGUUUUGACGAUCUGCAGCCAAGUACAAAUUAUACAGCCUUUGUGACAGCAUUUAAUAAGCAUGGUUCGAGUCCUCCAUCGUUCAAAAUUUCUUUUGAAACGCUACCUGAUAACGAACAAAAUGAUAGACCAGUACCGCCAUUUGGGUUGCAUAUUGUGUGGAAUCAUGGACGACGUAUAAAUAUAACAUGGAAUUGGAGUUCAGUUCGUUAUAAUGGACAAAGGAUUACUGGUCCUGUAACAUACACAGUUAAUUAUGUCUCAACUGGAAAUGCAUCUGUUUGGAAUUCGGUUAAAACACAAAAUAUGUGGCAUGUAAUGGAAAAUCUAACGAUGAAUUCUCUUUAUGAAGUAUACGUAUAUGUGAGUGAUGGCAAUUUGCAAAGCAGAAGUUCAUCAGUUGUAACUGUGCUUGCUGCUCCAGAUGAAUAUUCCUUACCGGAACCGCAGAUCACAAUUACACCGGAGAAUGCUAAUCGAACCUAUCGUGUGAAUGAACAAAUUGCUGUUAAAUGUACCGUUCACAGUGAUCGAGUACUUAAUUUGGAUUUGUUAAUUGGGAAGACAUUGAUACAUAGUGAACCGUCAAAAAUGACUGUCGAAACAUUUUUAAAUGUAGCUGAAAACAAUAAUCUGAUAACAUGCACGGUUAUGGACACUGAUGGCCGUCAGAAUCGUGCUCAAAUGCAUAUUUUUGUACAAUUUGGGCCCAUAGUAAAUAUGGUAACAGAACAGAUCUAUGCUUAUGAUGACCUAUCAGCUGAAAUCCAGUGCAUCGUACAAGGUUAUCCAGAACCCAUGCUGGAGUGGCAUUAUCAAAAAUCACCGAAUGCUAUUCGUACGGAACGCCUAAACGAUCCGGUUCUUGUGAAGACGACAGCUUUAAAUCAAUAUGUGCACACACUUCUUAUAAAGAAUGUAACAGGUCGAAAUGGAAUAUACUCUUGUAAAGCAGUUGGUGCAGAUGGUACUGAGAUUACAAAAAGUGCCGAAUUGAACAUUGCUAAAGCUGCCUUACCGUUGACACCUCGUUUCAUAUUACAGUGUUGUGUCGAAGCGAAGAUUUCGGAAAAGUGCUUGCGUGUUUGUUCAGUAAACCCCGAAAUUGAUAGCGAUUGUUCGGCUUUUUCAGAAGACUUGCUACGAUGUGCAAAUGACGGUCGUGAUCAUCGGGCAUGCUGCAUGAAGACACGCAUUCCAUCGGAUUGCCUAGGUAUGUGCAGCGGUAACAAAGUUUCGAACAAUGCGUUAUGCUCAAUAUUUGCACCAAGAGCUGUAGCCUGCAUGAUUAGGGGACAUGAACGGGCCCCCUCACCUCCGACAUUACUUCGUUAUGAAAACGUUUCCCCUGAUUCAAUCAAGAUAUCCUGGAAUGAAACAGAAGCUGACCCAUAUAAAGUAUAUGCUAUUUAUUACCGUCAGGAAAACAGCAAUGGAAACUUUACAGUUGUGAAAACUAGCAACACGGAAGUUGUUAUAGACGGCCUCGAUCCUAAUACAAAUUACGACCUUGCAUUAGUCUCUGCGAAUGCUCUCGGCCAUUCACCAUUUUUGGAAACAAAAAUCAUCAAUACUUUCGGUCUAACACGAAGUCAUACAUUCAUUUCGGCAUUUUUCUUUACAUUUCUGGUGGCUGCGGCAGCAUCAUUUGUUGUAUAUACAAUACGGACAAACGCUUGGUUAAGGGUAAUCCAGAAACUUCAUCGAAGUCAACCACUUUCAGACCGAGACCCAUCAGUAGCUUUUGAAAAUCCAGGUUAUGGAACCGAAGUGCAGAUCCGAGGAUUGGCACAUUCGGAUCCAAUUGCAGCUACGGAAUGGCAAAAUGCUGAUCUUGAAGUGGCGGAUAAUUUGCCUACGGAAGCUAACAAUGGUAUGAGGUACGCGAAACUGAAUUCCUCCUAG